AUGGCUGGAAAACGGCAAAGAAAUAAAUCCGAAAAAUCUAAAGAUUCCAAAAAGUAUAAACCAAAUAACUCUACGGACAAUGCUGUCAUUACUCCUGCUACUGAAUUAAACGGUGUUAUCCCGCCGCCUGAAAUGUCACAGGAUCAAGAGACAGAAAUACAUGGUUUACAGGAUGCGACCAGAAAUCUAAGAAACCAGUCGGAUGAUUUCCCGGUGCCAGCUGAAUUCGUUCCUUUGCCUUGGUUUAUUGAUGCGGCCGCCUCACUGGAGCUAUCAAUCAAUCGGAAUAGUAUUCCGAUUAUCUGUGGUCCUGUCGGCUGCGGCAAGUCCUUUCUGAUUGACUACGUGGCGCUAAAACUGAAAGCAUCGACUUCCAGGGUUCAGAUUAGCGAGCAGACUGACACGAAGACGCUUUUGGGCGCGUACUGCUGCUCUGACACUCCUGGAGUCUUCGUUUGGCGUCCUGGGCCACUAGUUCACUGCAUUACAGCCGGAAAAUGGCUUAUCUUAGAGGACGUCGAUAAGGGUUCUGCUGACCUCCCUAUACUUUUGAGCCCAUUGUUGCGACAGACAGUCGAUGGCAUCUCUGGUAUACUUCAUCCGAACACUGGAAAUCUAGUUAUUCGUCAUCCUAAUUUUCGUUUAAUACUUACUCGUCGGACCGCGUCGUUUGGAACGUAUUUUUCUCUGCAUGAUUCGGCGUCCGAUAUCUAUGCAACCUACUGCUGUACGAUCUACAUGCAAGCAAUGACGAGGAGCGCCAUAGAAAGGAUCGUGUCUAUCCGUUUUCCUUCCCUGCUUCCAAUUGCAAAACGUCUUUUGGCCGAAUUUGCACCGUUAAAAAACAUUUCCGCAAAUAACUCGAGUGAUAAAAGAUCAGUUUCAUCCAGAGACUUCUUAAAAUUUUGCGCCAGAGCAAAUGCUCUUACCAAUGCUGAAACGAACGCGGAGGAGUUGUACCUCGAUGCGCUGGACUGUUUUGUUUGUUCCCAGCCGCCUUCGCCAUUGCGUGAGAAACUCGCUAUUGCACUGGGCGGAUUAUUUAACUUUACGGCUGAUCGCUCAUCUGAACUGUGGAAGGACCGUAGGCCUGAACUAUACUUGAACCCACAAAUGACAAAGGUUGUAGCCGGUCGGGCUAGUAUUCCAGUGAAACGUUCAAUUCAGUGGGAACUUCAGCUUUCCAGCAUGAACUCGAACAGCGGACCGUUCGCAGGACAGACUUUUGCUGAUACCCGUCUGGCCUGUUCAUUGAUUGAGAGGCUCACUGCCGCUGUGCAACACAAAGAACCAGUACUGCUGGUUGGCGAAACUGGUACGGGCAAAACGUCAUCAAUUCAACGUCUUGCUUUAAUGGCUGGACGACGACUCAGGGUACUCAACUUAAAUCAGCAGUCCGACAGUGUUGAUCUCCUGGGAGGAUUCAAACCAGUCGACAAUCGAGCCCUAAUUAAUCCAACUCGCGAGAGAUUCGAAAGCCUUUUUGUGCGAACCUUCAAGAUGGAAACAAACAGACAGUUUUUAAACCACAUACAAACCUGCUCAGCCGCAGGUAGGUGGCGAGAUCUUCUCAGCCUGAUGCGACACCCAGCCAAAGCGGCUAUCAGUCGACUCUCUGCUUCCAAGGACACCGCUGAAACCGAUGACGACACUGGCAAAAAGACUCGUCCUAGCGUGGCUGAAUGGGAUGCCCUUCUUGUUGAACUCGAUUCGCUGCAGGUCCGUCUUGAAUCAGCAGAGCGUGCAGGUCAACCCUCCCUCGCUUUCGCCUUUAUCGAAGGUGCCCUGGUGCGAGCUCUGAAAGAGGGUGACUGGGUCCUACUGGAUGAAAUCAACCUGGCGCCUGCGGAACUUCUGGAUUGCCUGAGUGGUCUGCUAGAUUCUUCUUCGGGUAGUGUCACUCUCGUGGACCGUGGUGACCUGGAACCCGUUAAACGUCAUCCUUCCUUCCACCUUUUCGCCGCCAUGAAUCCCUCCACCGAUGUUGGAAAACGCAGCCUCCCCAUCGGUCUGCGCAACCGCUUCACUGAGAUCUACGUAGAUGAACUCAAUCCCACAUCAUCGGCCGUUGAUAGGAAUGAUUUAGCUCUCCUGAUUCGCACCUACCUUGUUGGUCUGGGCCCCUCAGCUGCUCAAGUGUCCGCGGUUGUCCAACUCUACACAGCAAUUCGACAGGCAGCAUUUCAGGGUCUCGUUGAUGGGGUCGGCCAGCGACCCUACUUCAGGUUUGUUAUUUGA